UUGUUCAGGCAACCCAAAGUCGAAGGAUAGCUCUGGCCUUUCAAUUGAAGAAAGUGCUAGAUUUGUCGUGUUGAAUAAUAUAACCAUUUUCAGUGUCCAUAUUUGUUUUGGAGUCGAUCGGAAUAGUCUUCAUUUUAUGUGAGAGACAGAACUGGCGUCAACAUGGCGUAAAAAUCAACGCUGUCCAAGCAGGGAACCACCGAGAAAGGAAUUAUCGCCGCUCAUCUGAGGCCAAUCUCGAUUAUUUUUGUCAAAUAAGGAAACAUAACAUAGCUAGCUAGCGAACGUUAGCUUCGUAGAUAGCUAGGUAACCGACAUAUCUUCACACAAAAGCAGAAUCCAGCAGAUAAUCAAGAUUGGAUCUACAUUCGCAACAGCAGGAAAACCUAUAGGCAGCAAUGGGUGCAUUCCUGGACAAGCCGAAGACGGAAAAGCAUACUGCCCACGGUGAUGGCAAUGGGCUGCGCUACGGCCUGAGCUCCAUGCAGGGCUGGCGGGUGGAGAUGGAGGAUGCCCACACAGCGGCGGUCGGCCUCCCCCAUGGACUCACCGACUGGUCCUUCUUUGCUGUCUACGAUGGCCACGCAGGCUCCCGGGUGGCCAACUACUGCUCCGGCCACUUGCUGGAACACAUCUUGUCAGGAGGGGCCGAGUUCAGUUCAGGAUCCGGCUCCGUGGAUGGCGUGAAAGACGGCAUCCGCUUGGGCUUCCUGAACAUUGACGAGUACAUGCGCAGCUUCUCCGACUUGCGGCAGGGCCUGGACCGCAGCGGAUCAACGGCUGUGUGCGUGUUGCUCAGCCCGACCCACCUCUACUUCAUUAACUGCGGCGACUCGCGGGCCGUGCUGAGUCGAGAAACCAAGGUGGGCUUCUCCACCCAGGACCACAAGCCCUGCAACCCCCGUGAAAAGGAGCGCAUCCAGAACGCUGGCGGCUCAGUCAUGAUCCAGAGGGUAAACGGCUCCCUGGCUGUGUCCCGGGCCCUGGGGGACUACGACUACAAAUGUGUGGAUGGUAAGGGCCCCACGGAGCAGCUGGUGAGCCCCGAGCCCGAGGUGUACGUGUUGGAGCGGGCGGCCGAAGGAGACGAGUUUGUGGUGCUUGCGUGUGAUGGAAUCUGGGAUGUCAUGUCCAACGAGGAGCUGUGUGAGUUUGUGCGCUCUCGACUCCUGGUGUGCGAUGACCUGGAGAAGGUCUGUAACUCGGUGGUGGACACCUGUCUGCACAAGGGGAGCAGGGACAAUAUGAGUGUGGUCCUGGUGUCUUUACCCGGAGCUCCCAAGAUCUCAGAGGAGGCUUUGAAGAAAGAAGAGGAGUUGGAUAAGUACCUGGAGACCCGUGUUGAGGAGCUCCUGGGGAACUGUGGGGAGGCGGGAGUCCCUGACCUGGUGUCUGUCCUGAGGAGCAUCGCCUCGGAGAACAUCCCCAACCUUCCACCUGGCGGAGGCCUGGCCAGCAAACGCAGUGUGAUCGAGGCCGUGUACAACAAGCUGAACCCUCACAGAGAAGAGGAAGGGGCCUGUGCGGGGGGAGAGGAGGAGAGUGAGGAGGGAGGUGGCAGCACGGCGGCUCAUCUGCUGGAGGCUCUGCGGCAGUUCCGCCUGCACCACCGGGGGCAGUAUCAGUCGGUGCUGGAGGAGUCCCUCGCCACCUACACCCUGCGGGGGGAGAGCGCGGCGGAGGGGGCGGGGGAGGGAAGGAGGACCCCCGGAGACGGCGACAACAACGGCCAGCAGCAGCCCGCCUCCCCUCCCUCUCCCCCGGUCACCCCCACCCUCACCCGCCACUGCAGAGCCGGAGGCCAGCCAAGAUGCGCCCGCCCUCGAGUCCGACCCCUCCUCUGACUGAGCACACCCCCACCCCCCCUUCCAACCCAGCCCAACCCCAGAGCCCUAGUCAGCUGUGCUACGACCUCUCCUCCUUCCCUUCACCACAGAACUUAAAUGGACACAUCGGCCUCCAUCAUGGUCUGCACAACUACAGCUACCAUGCUCAUGAAUAUUUCAGUAUAUUGUAAUGCAAAGGAAAUAAAAAAACGUCCCUUCUGUCCAUUCAAGUUCUGUCUGCGAGCCACUUGCAUACCUUCCUCCUAAUGAGGGCUCUUUUCUUUUGCCUCCCUCCCCUGUCCUCUGACCGCCUCAGCUUGGACUCCCUAAACUUGCCAGACACUUUCACACUCCACACUGAUGUUUAGACUAGGAAAUAAUCAAUAACAAAUUAUUAUUAUUACAUUCAAAAGUGGCUGGUGAAGCAAAAAAUGAACUUUGCACUCCAUGGCCAACAUUUUUACCAGUAAUGGCUUCUGGCUGAUUCCCCCCCCCCCGAGCCUCACCCCCCAUCCCUCAAACCUGCUUACAGUGGACGUACUGACAAAGAGAAGGCAAAGAGAUCUCCAGCUGUGAUUCAACACACUGCACUGUCUCCAGGCCAACUCCCUCUACAGACUCAGAACACACUUUCUUUUUCGUUUAUGUAUGUAUGUAAGUGUGUGUACGUGUGUCUGCGAGGGUUUGAGUGAGUCCAACCAAUCAUCACUACUGUAAUUUCAAAAAAAAAUUGGUAGUGGGUGAUUAUUGAUUGUUAGCCCGUUUAUCAGCUCAGCGAUGUUAGGUUGUUCAAACCAGUCCGGAUACAGGAAAACCAGGCAGUUAAACCACAGUGGGACACUUGUAGUUUGAACGGCAUUUUAUUUAGAUCAUUCCAUCACCACAUAUUCUUAUUUCCACAUCACCACAUUUAUUACGCUGCCUCACAACCACAUAAAGGUCAAAAUAUGUUCCUGUAUAUGUCAGUAAAGCUCAAGUAGGUGACUAAAUGUUUGUUUAAAUGAGAAUUAGGCUUUAAGUACAGUAUAGAGCCACGCUACUACUGUAGCAACCCUCAAAGGCUGUAAUGCUCAUUACACAGCGGAAAAGUUACCUGUUGGAGGGAUUAAAUUAAAAAGGGUUUAGUUUGUACAGUGUGUGAUUUCUUGCUCUACAUCGUGUGACAUGGAUCAACCUUUGUACUGGCUGUGUCAUCUUUGUCAGUGUUAGCUGUAAUACUGUCAGCAAAUCCUAGCCUCUGUUGGCAUAGCCCCGUCCCAGAGGGAAGCUGUGCUCUACUCUUAAAUGCUGCCUCCUCAGGUUAGGAAUGAGCCCAUAAUGAAAACUGGGGCACAUGUUGAUGAUCCCUGCUUUAUCAGAAAACUACUUUUUGAUAUCAGUUCUUUAGCUUGUGAGCUUGGGAUGAAUACUCAUGUUAGCAUUGGUUACAUGCUUUCAUUAGCAUUCAUCUCAAUGCACAGUGCAGCUAUUCCGACAAAGUUCACCUUUAAGAAAAAGUCAAACUGUAGAACUGAACCUGAGGUCAAGAGACAGUUCCCCCCAAAUUAUAACACAUAUUUCUCCUCUUACCUAUAGUGUUUUUUAACAUUGUUUUGUUGUAGACUUCUCUUGAAUAUGAAGGGCCUAAAAAUUCCUUUGAAAAACUCAAGAGCAAUGUAUCGUUCUAGUUUUCUUUCUACAAAACUAAAUAAGUUUGUAUUAAUAAAGUUUAUGGUAUGUCUUUACUAACAAGGUCACAAUUUCCGAAAGAGUCAUUGGUGUUGAGUUUUUCAAAUGUUUUUGUUGGAGGGACUGCAGAUAUCGUCACACAUAGAAAGUCACUAUAGAUACUAACUAAUCAUGCUUCAGGUAACAAUAUGUUUGUUUUUUUGGCUACAUACUCAGGCUCACACGUUUUUCCCAACACAUGGCUAACAUUACAUCCCUCAAGAGUCAUAGCUAGCGUGGCUAAAACAUAUAGCAUUUAACCCCACUGUAGGCUUAAUGGGAGAGAGUUGUGUACCUGCGCUCAGUUCUCUGUGUAGCUGAAGUUUUAAUGAAGCAGGUUUUCAUUAGGUUCCCACUGUUCAUGCCGACAGCUGCUGGUAUGAACCCUGGCAGGAUGUGUUUCAGCUUGAUUAAAUCCCACACAAAGUAUAUUCCAUUCCUCACAGGUUAUGACAACGUCUCUUCAAAACAGCACAAGUCUUUCGUCAUUGUGAAAGUUAGAGAACAGACCGAACCUGCAGUGUUCAUUCUUCUGUGAUAGCAGCUAGAGGAUUGUUAUUGAAAGUCUGUAUAAAGCCUAGCACCCAGUGUAAUGCAUGCACUGCACUUAUCCUUACAAUAUCUAAGGCACUUAACUAUAGGAGGGGAGGUUAUGCUAAACACUGCGCGUAUGUAUGUAUGCGUGUUUGUAUGAGUUGUAUUUGUAUGUGGUUACGUGGGCCAAAUGAGUCCCACACACUUUAAAAUGACAAAUGAACAAAUAAAAAUGGUUUGAGGUAUAAUGCUA